UGGAGCCGGAUGUUGCAAGAUGGCGGCGGCGGCGGCUGGGCUGGCUGGUGCUGUGGCGAAGGAAGGAACCGGCGCCGGCACUUGCUGAGGGAGACCCCCGCCAGCUUGUGCAUAUGAAGGCAAGGCCGCCCCACUCCAUCUGCUGCUCCUCUUCAGGUGGCGAGUGACUUGGCUCCACUUCGAUCAUGCAGCCCCCUCCUCAGACAGCUCCCCCGGGGGUCGGAGGCCCCCCUCCUCUUGCUCCCUCGUGGAACAUGCAUUGGCGGAAUGGCCCCUACGGUAGGCGCCCAAACGCCCCCGCCACGGUGGCGGCGGCGGUGGCAGCUGGGCCCGUGCAACCAGUGACAGACCCCUUUGCCUUUGGCAAACAAGGCCCCCGGAGCUCCCCACUGAGCAACGCGCCCCACGGAGACCCAGGCUCUUCUUCACUAGCUUUCCCUCCAUCAUCAGCUGCUCCCCUUCACCUCUCUUCUGGGCACCUCCCUCAGGCACCCGCUCCAUCGUUAACGUCGGUCUCAGCCCCUCACUCGGAAGCCGGGGGCUCCUUUUCCAUUUCCACGGCCCCCAUGUCUGCCUUCCCCAAAGGGGUGCCCAACAGCACCGAAGUGCAUCCAAGCACGGAACACGCCCUACGCCCCACCGUGGAACCGCCUCAGCCCAUGAGAACCGGCCCCGAACAUUCUCUCUUGGCUUCCGUCCCAGACAGGCUGCCGGGCAGGCCCGACGUGAGCAGGAAUCCAGGCAACCCCGGUGCGGCCCCGCCACCAUUGCCCGCCUUCUCCCACCUUCAGCAGACGGUGCCUCAGUGGAUGCCUCCCCAGAGCUCUGCUUACUUGCCUUCCCCAGAGCUCCUGUCCCGGAAUGCCUUUGGGAGUGCUGCCCAGGCCAGCCUCUCCGUUUCCCAGCCGGGCCCCCAGCUGGAUCCCCACCCGACUCCCCCUCACCCGCCUGGGCUCCCCGGUGCCCCCCAGGCGCCCUUCAUGCUUGCCGAGGCAUCCAAUGUGACUCUGCCCCCCAGUAGCACUUGGCAGAGCCCCACAGGCACCAGUGCCUGGACCGGCCAGCUCCCCCAAGAACACUUUUACUUGCAGCCCCUGGAAGCGACGUAUCCCUCGGGCCACCCCACUUCUCAGGAAAACAGCCCCGCUGGCCCCACCCAAGGGGUGUCGGAAGCACGGAGCAGGCCGUGCCUGGACGACGCGGAUGCCGGGACCAUUUCGAUGUUUUUCAAGGGAGACGAGGCUGAAAACGAGGAGAUCCUCUCAUCUGAAGCCAGCAGCCACGCUGCUGCCAGACCGGACGUGGAUGCUUUCCAGCAGACCAUGGGACACACCUAUUACCAGCCUUUGCACGGCCCCCAAGGGCCGCCGGCUCAUUUUGCGCCCGCCCAGGCUAGCGGGGCACUGGUGGCCGAGGCAGCGCCCAAAGAAGGGGACGCCCAGCGCUUCCUUCGGACGGCGGUUGUCGCGGGAGAGGAGCAAGCCAGCCUUGUCUCACGAGCAGCGGGGAGCUGCUCUGCCGGCGGCCUGUACGAAAACGUG